CUCGUGCUCGAUCGGCGCCUGCUAGCCCGCAUCUGGCUGGGCGAGGUCUCGCAGUGGAGUCACCCCGACAUCGCCCGCCUCAACCCCGAGCUCGCACCCCUGCCCGACGAAGCGAUUCGUCUGGCCUGGCUGCCCGGCCUGGGCGUUACCCAGGUUUUCGCGCACGCGCUGGCCUCGUUCAUCCGCGACGACGACCCCGCCGCCGCCGACGCGCUGACGGCCAACGGCACGCUCGCGCACCUGCCGCCGGUGGUCGACCCGACCCGCGGCUCGGCGGGCUUCAGCACCACCGAGAGCCUACUGGCCUACAUGAAUGAGACACCGUUCUCGCUGGGCUACUUCGUCCACGAUUCCUACUAUAGUGCACCCUCGCCCUCCAUCGCGCAGCUCAUCAACAAAGCCAAUAAAACAGUAGGGCCAGCGCCAGCCAAUAUCAAGGCCGCCAUGGAUGACUUCAGCCCGAGCGGCCAGAGCACCAACGAGCUGCCGGAGUACAUCGUCGACGGUCCCGGGCCGGAGUCCUACCCGCUCUGCCUGUUCUCCUUCAUCAUCCAGGACCGCCACAUCACCAAUGCCGUCGACUGCGGCGGCUCCAGCCUCCACAUAGACAACACCGUGUGGAGCGUGUCCAACCCGCAGACCAACCGGGACCUGGAGUCCGUGGGCUACGUGCAGCUGUCGGCGGCCUACCGCAUCCGCGUGCUCAACUGGCUGGCGCUGCUCACCUGCAACAAAGAGCGUCGGCUGCGUUCGUCGCUCAUCGCCGGCACCGGGCCGGACGCGCCGUUCGUGUCCUCGCUCGGCCUGUUCUACAGCCGCACCGUGGACCGCGUCGAGUCGCAGUACAUCCCCGACGGAGGGCAGCAGCAGCUGGAGAGCGGCGACGUGGACUACAGCGUCACCGUUUAUGCCGGUCCGCCGCCCGCCGAUCACCCCGACUUUAGAUACCUCAUAGGGUACAACCUGCCUGGUGUAGCAGCGAACUUGUCGCUCUCGCUCCACGUUCUGGCGGGGAUCUACAUGGGCAACAUCACGUCGUGGCGAGACGAAAGCAUCAUCAACCUUAACAGGCAAUCUCUGGAUGACCCGGUGGCAUGGCUGCUGGAUGAGAAGAUCGUGGUUGUGGUGGACCAAUCGGGCAGCUACAACUACCCCUUCACGCAGGCGCUUGCCCACGAGUGCCCCGAUUUCAAGCGGAUCGUGGGCGUGGGUGCGAAUGUCACCUUUCCCCUGGUGGGCGCCCGCUACGUUGCCCAGUCGGGUACUACUCACUACAGCCCUGGGAAGCUCCCCUUAGCCCAGGCCCUGACCGGUUGCGCUGCGAUGAUGGCGGCAGAGAUUGGGGUCGCGGUGGACAACACGUCCUACAGCCUCGCCUUUGCACCGCAAUUCAAGUUCUCCGGCGUUCACUCGGCCUCGUGGGGCAACCAGGCCAACGCCUGGAACGGAGAGUUGCGCCACGUCAGCGAGGCCCAGCUGGUAACAGUGCCCGAGAGCGGACUCUUCCUAGCACCCACCACAGAGAGUGUGUGUGAAGCCACUAAAGAUGUGCCUCUGGACCAGUACUUCUAUGCCGACCUCUCCCUGUCGCAGCGGUCGACAAGUUGGCCGCUGGCCUCGUACUACUACGUCCUCUUGUCGAAGGACAGCUACACCGAUUGCUCGCGCGCCACCAACCUCGUCGACAUGGUGUGGUGGAUGGUCAACUCGACGCAAGCGCACCACAUCCUCAAUAUCAGCGAUCUGGUGCCGGUGGGCAAGGUGGUGCGGGGCAAGGUGCUCGACGAGUUGGUGCAGAUCAAAUGCGACGGCAAGGCGUUCUGCGACGAGUUGGUCGGCGACAACGCCGACGCUCUGAAUGCGGCGAGCAUUGCAGCGAUCGCAGCGUGCGUGCUGAUCGCAGCGUGUGUGGCCGCGCUGGCCAUUGUGGCGUGCGCGUUCUUGAUCGUUCUCGCCAUCACCCGCAAGCGUCACGGCGAGGACACUAGCUGGCUGAUCGACGCCUCGGAGUUGGAUAUGGGCGAGCUGCUGGGCACCGGAGGGUUCGGGCGCGUGAACAAGGCCGUGUGGCGGGGCACCGAAGUCGCAGUCAAGACCAUGAGCGCCGCCUACUCUCCAGAACUCCACAGCGCCUUCAUCGAGGAGGUGAGGGUAAUGACGUCACUGAGGCACCCACACGUGGUCCUGUUCAUGGCGGCAGCGACCAGGCCGCCCAAUCUAUGCAUCGUGAUGGAGCUGAUGCUGAUGGGUUCUCUGCACGACCUUCUGCACAACGAGAGCGUCGACGACAUCCCGAUCAAGAUGCGCCUCAAGCUGCUGAAGCAAGCCGCCAAGGGCCUCUACUUCCUCCACUCCUCAGGGAUUGUGCAUAGGGACCUCAAGUCCCUCAAUCUGCUGCUCGACUCCAAGUGGAAGCUCAAGGUGUCGGACUUUGGUUUGACCGGCUUGCGCGAGCGACUCGAGAUCAAGGAGGAACUGCAGAUGGACCAAGGCCGAAGCGUCCACUGGACGGCGCCCGAGGUGCUCAACGAGUCGCGCGGCAUCGACCUGGCCGCGGCCGACGUCUACAGCUUCGGAAUCAUCAUGUGGGAAGUGCUCACUCGCCAGGAUCCCUACGCCAGCAUGCAACCUGCUGCGGUGGCGGUGGCGGUGUUGAGGGACGGCCUGCGGCCCAAGGUGCCGCAGAGCGCCCCGACCGACUACGUGGAGAUCAUGCAAGAGGCCUGGGACGGCGAGCCCCGCGCCCGACCUUCGAUCUUCGACAUCUCCAAUCGGCUGAGCCGCUUGGCCACCCGCUUCCACCACUCGCGGAAGCAGGUGUCGUGGCUACCCCUGAUUGGCCGCGGAGAAGAAGAAGAAGAAGUCGAAUACGCCCAGGAGGAGCACUCUUCAAACUCCUCAGUUUCUUCGCGCGGCUCAUCUCUGGGAGCGCUCCUGCUGGAUGAGAGGGCCGUACCGGCGCCGAUGGGCGAGGUGGCGAUCGUGUUCAGCGACAUCAUGCGCGCGGCGGCCCUGUGGGAUUUCAACCCCGAGGCCAUGCGCGAUGCCACCUUUGCCCACAACGAGCUCUUACGCCGGCGACUGCGCGAGUUUGGAGGCUACGAAGUCAUUUGCUUCACGAAGGGAAACAGCGGCGAAGGGUCCAUGUGUGCUGCGUUCGGCGACGUGGCCAAGGCCGUGGCCUGGUGUGCCCGGGUGCAGCAGGAGCUGAUGCAAGUGGAGUGGCCCGAGGCACUCCUCAAGCACCCCGAGGCACGCGAAGAAAGGGCCGAGGGUGAGGAUGGGGGUCCACAUGGGCGAGCCACGCCGGCGGGUGGUGGACUCGAUCACCCGGCGGUGGUCAACACGGCCGCGCACAUCACCACGAUGGCCCGAGGCGGGCAGGUGCUCGUGUCCGAGACCGUGUGGCUCCACCUGGCCGCCGGCCGUGACGCGGCGCACGAUGCCACGGGCGAGCAAGAAGAUGAAAGUGACGACGAAGACGACGACGAUCGCCACCAGCGUGCGUUGAUGAUGCGCCGAAGUCGCUGGGCGCCCGUGGGCCAGUUCGAGGUGGUGGUCGAUCACCACCAAGGCGACGGCGCUAGCACGCUCUAUGGGCUGCGCGUGCCUGGGCUCGAGUCCCGCUUCGCCGCCGCGCACCGAGCCAGGGCCGACGACGAACAGCAGCCGCAGUUCGAGGGCAGCGCCGCCGCCGGAGGCUACAGCCCGGCCAGAGGCUCGCAGCCGCAGCAGCACCACCUGGACCUGACGACGGUGUACACCGACGACGCCUUUCUCGUUUCGGCGAAUCUCUGUCGGUGGAUCAUGGCUACGGAGGAAAUCGAGCUGGGCCGGCGGAUCGGCGGCACGGGAACCUACGGCGUGGUGCACCUCGGCCGGUGGAAGGGCAUCGAGGUGGCGGUCAAGCACUUCAUCAACCAGAAGCUGAGCGAACGGCGGCUGCUCGAGUUCCGCACCGAAGCUGCCUUUCUCGCAGAGCUGAGCCACCCCAACCUGCUCCACUUCAUCGGGGCUUGUGUGAAGCAGCCCAAUCUGUGCGUGGUGACGGAGUACAUGAAGCACGGCAGCCUGCAAGACGUGCUGGGCGCCACCAAGAACAACAGCCGCGGGUCCGCCGUGAAGCUCUCCUGGGGCCAACGGCUCGGCCUGCUCCACAGCGCCGCGCAGGGCCUGAGCUUCCUGCACGCGCUCGACCCGCCGGUGGUGCACGGGGACGUCAAACCGUCGAACCUGCUCCUGAACGAUGCGGCCAUGACCAGCGUCAAGGUGUGCGACUUUGGGUUCGCCCGACUGCGCCAGGAGAACGCCACCAUGACCCGCUGCGGCAAGCCCUCGUGGACCGCGCCCGAGAUCAUCCGCGGCGAGCCGUGUUCGGCGGCAUCGGACGUGUACAGUAUGGGGGUCAUCAUGUGGGAGGUCCUCACCCGCCGCCAGCCCUUCGCUGGACAGAACUUUAUGGGUGUGUCGCUGGACGUGCUCAACGGCAAGCGCCCGCCGAUGCCCAGCGACUGUCCACCGGCCUUUGGCAAGAUGGUGCGGCGGUGCUGGCACGCCACGCCACAAAAGCGACCCGCGAUGAGCGAGCUGGCAAGCUUCCUGGCCCAGCAGCUGGGAACUGCCCUGACCCAUGACAUCCCCUAG